GUGACUGAAAUUCAUGGUAGAGCUUGGUUCCAAUAGUUCCAUAUCCACGUGUGGCGCUAUGUCCACGAUCCCAUGUUUCGAUCCCAUAAAAAAGACCGCGAUGUGACGUUUACUUCGCCUGACAUCGAAGCUGGGGACUGCAAAGAGCGUUAGCUAAAAUCCCACAUCCUCUAGUCCAUUGGGACACUAGUCUUUUUCAUUCGCAAAUCCUCCUUUUUCCUGUAUGCAAAAGUGUGUGACUCUUGCUACUUCAUAGGUUACUUUCUUAUUUCAUGACAAAAGCACGCAGUAGACGCAUGCGCGUCGACACGACGCGUACCCAGGCUUGCCAUGUCGCAGACGAGCACAGCCGUCUUUUCUAUAGAGACAGCACCGCUAGUAUGGGCUAAUAUUGGCGUUUAACCCCUGGUGGGGAGAAUAUUGUUGAAAGAGGGACGGUCGCUCGUCUGCAACAAGAGUAUCCUGACUCUGGCUCCCGCCCGAGUUCGGUGGCCUCGUGAGCGUUCGGAGCGUUUUCGGGCAGUUUCGCAAGGCGCGUCGUCGUCGGACGGACGACGGUGAGGAGUGCGGCCCGCCGCCGUCGUCGUCGUCGCCGUCGUCGAUUGACGUCAUCGUCCCUCGCCUCGUUUUUCGUACCGAAAUAUGAGCGCCGGUGACAGGAGCUGCGUUCCCGCGUCGUGUCGUCGUCGCCGCCGUUGCGUCAGGUGCGCGAUCGUGUGAGGAAGACGAAGACGAAGACGACGAAGAAGAGGAGGAGGAGGAGGAAGUGAAUAACGUUGCAGCGCGGCGCCGCGAAAAGGUACUCGCGAUCACAGGGAUGUUAAAGAAGACCAACUGCAAGAUGUUGGUUCAUCAGGUGUCGGCGGUACUGCCAGAUGACAGACCAAUAACUGCCAUUAGCGUUGUGGAAGACUUGGACAAGUGUCCACCAAAUUUCACAGUGGUAUCGAGAACUUACGAUCAGGAUACCGACGCCGAUCUGUGGAGGGAGAGCGGAUUGUUCAUCAAGAAGAAGGGUCGAUACAUCUGCUUCUCGAAGACUGAGGGCCAGCCUGACUGCGUGGUCGAGGAUAUCGUGGUGAUUAACGAGCGGGACACUCCACCGGAAGGAUACAACAUGAUCUCCUACACCGUGGACACGAGGCAGAAGGCGUGGCGGAAGAAACAGGUGUGCUACAAAAUUAGGAAUAAGGACCUGUGCGCGAAAGCGGUCACGGAUAUAAUAAUAUGCAGCAGGAUAAUCCACAAGGAUUCCAAAAUGGCUCCUGUCGGAUUUUCUGCUGCCGGUAUCAUAAAUGGCGUUCGUGUGUGCUACAAGACGGUAGAUAUCACAAAUGCGAAUUCGGAUUCGCAAUCGUACGUUAAUAUAGACUUACUGCAGAACCCUUCUCCAAAUCCGUCAAACGGCACCUAUCACAGCCCGGCCCCCGAGAGGCCUCCGAAACCAAAGUUUUCACCAAAACCACCACUGGCCAAUGGGAUUUAUCCGCAAAUCAACAGCACAGCUAAGAAGGAUGACGAGUUCAGUGAUCGGGAUUACGAGGUCUUGAGUCCUAACGCGAAGAUCAGGCCCACGAGGCCCGCGCCUCAACCGCCUACGUCCACGCCGCCAUCGGCCGUCACAUCCAUGCCUAUUUACGGCACACUUCCGGGAUCGUCCGAUCUCGACGGAGUUCCGUUCGCGCUUAAUCCACGUCUUACUACUAAUCAUCUUGAUUCUGCCAUUAAUAAACUUCCUGUUAUCAAAAUGUGGACGCAGAAGGACUUAGAUAGAGAGUUCUUCUAUGACUUCCGUGCGGAAAGAGAAACUUGAAAGACAAUGAAUGUGCCAAAACUAAUUCGAGUUUGUGAGCGAGCUCUUUCCGCCGCACGCAUUCGUAUCCGAUGCUAAUGCUAGCCAACAAGCGUAAAUGGAGUGCCUGAACGAGUGAUUUGUACUAACCCGCGAGAGAAUGAAGCCUGCGUGACGCUUAAAAAUGGGGAUUGUGUAAUAUUUAAGAAGGAAUAGGAUAAAAAAGAACUCAUUCUCGUUGUACGCGUUUCUUCCACGUCCCACAUUCUUCCACAUUUAGAUUUUGAUACUGGUGAUAACGUUGUCAUAUUUUUAUAGACUUGCGUUAUUUUUUGAUAGAAUAGUAGAGACUAUAUCUGUAAAAUAUAUGUACACACAAUUGUAUUAUAAUGCGAGAUCUUCUAUGUAUCUCUCAAUAUCGCAUAUCUACGCUUCUAAAUGAACAAACGCAUAAUAUUGUUGAGCAUUGCAUUCUCGCUGCACAUUUAGCGGUUCAACGCGGUGAUCUAAACUGCAUGGUGAGAAUGCCACAGAAAGCCAUUUAAUUUUACUGUUCCUUCUGCCCUUUUAUAAUCUGUUCUUUAUAUAUAUAGAAAUUCGAAUGUUUAUAUCAUGUAAUUUCCCUUCAAAGUGCUGCUUUUCUUUACCUGCAAUGAAGUAUUAUUACAAUAUCUUUUGUUUAUAUACUCACGUUCUAUAAUUCUGUUUGAAAGUAUGUAUGAUUGUGCACAGCACGUAUAUUGAGAAAAAAAAUCUUUCGAGAUCGACGGAACACGACACUCUGAAUCUUCCACUCGAAUUCUUUUAUUCUAUUUGUCGAUAGAUUCGUGUAUCUUGCAUAAGUUUCUGUUUAAUCGCACCACGUAUACGUGAAUGUAAUUUAAGAUAGAAACUUGUAUGUAAUAACUAAUUUAAUAAAAGAUAACGGUUAUAAACUA